UUAUGUGCAGAGGAGAUUCCCAGUGAUGAGGAUGAGGUGAAUGAAAAAUGCAGUAUGAUGCCGCAGGAGUCUAGUGUGCCAAUGGGCCUAGGAGACGAGAGUAAUGAUGAAGAUGACUACUGGGAUGAUGAUGAUUGCUUUGAAGGAACGCCUCUCGAAGAAUACAGCACACCGCUUGACUAUGACAAUGGAGAAGAUGAAUAUCUGUUCUUUGCAUCUGCCCUGCUAAGAAUCCAGAAUACAGAUAUGGCUUGGUACCAGUGUUUGACUGCACCCCUCAGUGAUGACCAGAAAACACAGCUCCAGGAGAUUUACAGCAUCUCACAGCAAAGGAGGAGUACCGCAUCCAAAGGCCAGUGAGUGCCAAUGAGGAUUCUAAAGAAGAUAUUAUAUGAACUGACUAAAUGAAUUGGAACUUUGACUCCAAAUCCUGUCAGGCUGUCUUUUUUUUUUCCCAUUUGAGACAUUGUGCAAUUCUUAUAGUCCCUACUAUAGUAUCCACUAGGACAGACUGUUUUUAAAUUUCUUGACAUAAAAUGUAAUGGUAAAAUUCUUACUGUUAGUAAACU